GCGCAGAGAGGCCGUCGCUCUUCCGGGCGCAUGCGUGCGGCAGCGGCGCCGGGACUGACUGCGCCGUGGAGGGUGCUGCAGUGUUGUGAGUUGGCAGCUGGGAGCUCGGCAUGGUGGUCCCCGCUGCAGCCAUGGGGCCCUCGGCUUUGGGCCAGAGCGGCCCCGGCUCGAUGGCCCCGUGGUGCUCAGUGAGCAGCGGCCCGUCGCGCUACGUGUUUGGGAUGCAGGAGCUGUUCCGGGGGCACAGCAAGACGCGCGAGUUCCUGGCGCACAGCGCCAAGGUGCACUCGGUGGCCUGGAGUUGCGACGGGCGUCGCCUAGCCUCGGGGUCCUUCGACAAGACGGCCAGCGUCUUCUUGCUGGAGAAGGACCGGUUGGUCAAAGAAAACAAUUAUCGGGGACAUGGGGAUAGUGUGGACCAGCUUUGUUGGCAUCCAAGUAAUCCUGACCUAUUUGUUACGGCAUCCGGAGAUAAAACCAUUCGCAUCUGGGAUGUGAGGACUACAAAAUGCAUUGCCACUGUGAACACUAAAGGGGAGAACAUUAAUAUCUGCUGGAGUCCUGAUGGGCAGACCAUUGCUGUAGGCAACAAGGAUGAUGUGGUGACCUUUAUUGAUGCCAAGACACACCGUUCCAAAGCAGAAGAGCAGUUCAAGUUCGAGGUCAACGAAAUCUCCUGGAACAAUGACAAUAAUAUGUUCUUCCUGACAAAUGGCAAUGGUUGUAUCAACAUCCUCAGCUACCCAGAACUGAAGCCUGUGCAGUCCAUCAAUGCCCAUCCUUCCAACUGCAUCUGUAUCAAGUUUGACCCCAUGGGGAAGUACUUUGCCACAGGAAGUGCAGAUGCUUUGGUCAGCCUCUGGGAUGUGGAUGAGUUAGUGUGUGUUCGGUGCUUUUCCAGGCUGGAUUGGCCUGUAAGAACCCUCAGUUUCAGCCAUGAUGGGAAAAUGCUGGCAUCAGCAUCGGAAGAUCAUUUUAUUGACAUUGCUGAAGUGGAGACAGGGGACAAACUAUGGGAGGUACAGUGUGAGUCUCCGACCUUCACAGUGGCGUGGCACCCCAAAAGGCCUCUGCUGGCAUUUGCCUGUGAUGACAAAGACGGCAAAUAUGACAGCAGCCGGGAAGCCGGAACUGUGAAGCUGUUUGGGCUUCCUAAUGAUUCUUGAUAGGAGGUUGUAGGGAGAGGAGGCCCCGGCGGAGGUCUUCCUUCAUGUGGUUAGUUUGGUCUGUUCUCUCGGAGUUGGUGGGCACCCUAAAUAUUUGUAAGUUGGUAUAAAUUGUAAACGUCUCUGGUCAGGCUGCGCAUUUCGUUCUUUUGCUUUGUCUGUGUAUUAGCUCUUUCCAUUCUUUGCCCCCAGCAUGAGUUAACUCGUGUGGACUCUGCAGUGCGAGUAGUGACCCCAGCAUACCUUGUCCUCUGGACCUCCUGUCUUCUCUGCUUCUGGGUGCAUGGUAGACUUUGUGGCAUUUGAUACAACUUGGACAAUACCUAGUUUGGAGGGAGGGGAAUGGAAGGGCAUGGAAGUUUUUUUAAAUAAUUUAAAAUAUAUAUAUAUAAUUUUGAGAAUUGAGCAUUUAAUAAACUGACUUUUGUUAUUAUGGAA